CGACGUCACGCGGAGGCUGCUGCGCAGAGGAAUUUGACCUCACAUUCUUCGCUAGGACGACACGACCCAUGUGGCGGGUUGCUUGAAACGCGAAGGUUGUACGCGUGGAGCAACGGUGUCCGCAAUAGGCCAAGACGGAGGCGCGGUGGCUGGCGUUAAUGGGGUGCGGCAUGCAAGGACCCGUAUCGAGAUCUGGCGGCAUGCAAAGACCCGUAUCGAGAUCUGGUGGCUGUGUCCAUUGUUGUACGGCCUUGCCUCAACGCGUUUGUUGCAUCAUUCCUGCUCUCCACCCCUCCCACGCAUCGCUCGCCAAGCCGGUGUCCCAUUCCUCCCGCUUGAGCAUCCGCCUCCGCACCAUCACGAGUUGCCGACGGCCGUAUUGUUCAGUACGCCGAUUACGAGCCCGCAGGCUGGAAAAGACAGUGUCUGAACGCAUGCUCAUUGCCCACAUGUCGCUGGCUGGUUCAGUCUUCGCCUCGCAGCAUAUCCUCUCACUCCCAAAUCCCUCCCUCGCUGAGCGCCUGUCGCGACAUUCCUCGGCCGUGGGGGUCACGACCGGGUUGAUCCAACUUUCGGCACCCUCUACUUCCCACCCGCACGCUGCCGAAGCCGAUGCUGGCCCUCCCCGCGGACCGAACGCUCGCGAUACGAACAAUUAUUGGGCCGCAAUCUGGCAAUCGGUAGAUCAGACGCAUCAACCCUGGAAUUUCGUCCUUCAGAGCAGGCCAGGCGUACGAUGGCGUCGCCAGCUGCUCACUGGACAUGGAUUUUCGCAGCAUAAAGAGGCCACGGAUCCCCCAGGAUUUCCAGAUUGUAUACCAACGGCCAGUGGGAGAAUCUCGCCCUUUCCCUCUUGAACCACGCGCCCUUUCUCUCUUCAAUCACACGCCCUUCCCCUCUUGAAUCACGCGCCAUGUGCCGAUUCGUUUGGCAUCGUGCCGUAUGCGGCCACAAAUCCACUCCGCAGCUCAAAGUUUGUGAGGCAGCGGGCGUGCCGCCCGGGUGCGACUGGUUUUGGGAUCCGCCUCUAGAAGAGGUGAAGGUAUCAGGUGCAGCUCGCCAGGAGCUUUGCGUAGAAUGCGAUCGGCUUCUGAGAAGACGGAGAAUGUA